AUGCGUUUCUCUCGGAUCCUGUUCCCUUUGGCCUUGGCCCCCUUGGCUCUAGCUGCCCCCGAGCCUCGUCCCAACCCUGUCGCUGCGCCAGCCCCGGCCGCCACUGGUGGUCUACUAGAGGAGCUGCCUGAGCUUCUGAGCGGCGCCCAGAGCCUGCUGAGCACCGAUAACAUCAACAAGCUGGAUACCAUCCUCGAUGGUGCGGCCAAGUUGCUCGCUGCCGAUAAUAUCGAUAUCUUGCAGGAUAUCUUGACGAACGCCCACAGCUUGUUGACCAAGAGCUUUGUCGAUAACACAACUACACUCAUCGGGGAUGCUACACCGCUGGUUGAGGAUAUUUCUAAGCUUCUGGGUGGUGUGCUAGGAUCACUGUGA